CGUUACUGUCAAUGGUCGUCCAGUCGUGAAAUCCAUUGCCAGGAAGUCUGUCUCGUCUCCUGAAGCCGUUGCAGAAAAAGACACAAAGUUUGUGUCAAAGACUUGCAUUUCCGAUGACGAUGGAGUUCCUGUGAGCUGCGAUAGUAUUUCAAGCUCCAGUCGAGAUGAUUCAGGAGACAGCGGGUACGAGGCCAAAGACUUCGACGGUGGAACUGGAGCUGUUUUGGUGGUACCUGUUGACGGCAACGAAGGUGUUCCCGGACUUAUAAAGGAAAAGAACUCAUCGAAUGCUCAUGUUCAGAUGACCAUAAAUGGGAAGGUCGUACAACCCGAAACCGAUGUUGCCAAUUCCACACGACGCCAGUCUACCAAAGACAGGCGCGGUUCCCUCUCUUCUCGACUGUCUGCCUCCAAAGAAAAGCUGUUUUUCUCCAAGGAAAGAAUCUUUGGGUCAAAGGAUAAAAUUUUUACUUCUAAAGACAGUAUUUUCGGAUCAAAAGAUAAAAUAUUCAAGGAAGAAGCAAAACUCGGAUCCGAAGACGUCAAAUACAAAACGUCGACUCUGAAGAGCAAGAAAGGCAGCUGUGAUGGAAGCUGCCAGAGUCUGAAGGUUCAGUAUUCGGACGUCGUAGGCGUCGCUAACAAACUUACAAGGAUUUUUUGCCGUAGCCGCUCCCAGACUUACAACUUGCAACGUAAAGAAAAAGGCAUGUCCCUCCCGGCCAACUUCUCCCAGACGACGGGCAACUGGGUGACGAUCGCAAACCUUCGUCAGUUGGACGGAGGCAUCCUAGACCCCGACGACCGUCUGUGUGACGUGGUCGACGACAGAGACCAGAUCAUCGCCGUCUACACAGAACAUCCCCCACACAAGGGGGCUACCGGCCCCGACUCCCCUGGCGUACCUCCUCGCACUGACGCCCCGACAACCCUGCCUUCCAGGAGCCACACGCCCGAUAUUUUCCAGAUUGGCAGUGAGUAUGGCGGGGGCCUGAACACCACGGACAUCGAGGUGACGGGGGAUGAGCUGAACAACACACCACCUCCCCUGCACGUGAGGAGAGGCAGCGAACCAACACUCAACAGAAUAUCCCCAAUAUCUUUAGACCCUCUGGGGGGCGAGUCCGCCCCCUCCGGCGUGCCACAGUCCGCAGUGGGGGGCGGUGGGCCCAGGACGUUCACCGUUCCCAACAAGCGGUGGUCGGCGGCACCAGUAAUUAUUGACGACGAUGUCGUCACCCCGCCAAGUUCCACACCGCUUAAGGACCCGGACCCUACGAAUCCCCAUAGUCGAGAGUUCCUGUUCCCUGGUGAGGAGCGAGGUGAGGGGUCUGGGGAAGAGAAGAAGCCUUCCUCGUCAGCCUCGUCGUCAGCCUCGUCUCAUCACUCGGCCACCAACGCCGCCUUCUCCCGCUUCGCCAGGGAUGGCAAUAGAUGUUCUGUGCAGGUGCUGUCCGACAACCCGACCAUGUCCCGCUGGGCGGACGCUGCAGAGCGCGUCGGCGGGUCGGGGAUGAGCUACAAUGAAAUGCGUCGUCGGGAUCCCGUCGGGGGAGCGGCCACCAGUCCCCACCACAGCCGGCAAGCCUCCCUAGAUACUCGUAAUUACCAGGAGACUGCCGACCACAGUGGCUUCUACGAAAGUCCUACAUCUUAUGAUAAGAAAAGCAACGCUACUUCAUACGAUAGAAACGGCACCGCAUUCUCCCCUCAUGAUUCCAUCCCGUCCGCUUAUAAUAACACAUCUCAUAAUUACGACAUAUUACCUUCAAAUUUCGACCAAUCUUCGUCUAAUUACCAGAAGAACCAUUUGUCUGCAACUUACGACAAGAAGAAAGACGUUAGCAGCAGUCACUCGACGCGGUCACGCAACCAAACAGAACAGGUAGCCGAUGUUGGGAGAACACAACCUCACCAUGAACGCUCGUCCUCCCUUGACUCUUAUUGCCUCGAUACUCGCCCCCACAUCAACCAAAACCAACGCAGCCAGCGGGAAACGUCGCAAACAUUUGCCCGGUCACAAAAUUCUGCCUCGUACGCAAGCCACUCCAGCGCCGACGGCAGAUCACUCGCGGAAGAAAGAAUCUUGGUGGUGCUGAACAACGGGUGUGGGCCUCUUGGCAUCCACGUGAUCCCCUCCCCGGCCAUGGGGCGUGGUGGGGAGGAGGGCAGCGGGGGGCUGCUGGUGGAGGGGGUUGAGGAGGGAGGGAGGGUUGCUCAGGACGGACGUAUUCAAGUCCACGACAGAAUUGUUGAUAUCAACGGACACUCGCUACUCAACACCACAUUCCAUCAGGCGCAAGAGAUCUUCAAAGACGCCAUGCAAGCUCCUGCCCUUCGUCUGCUGGUCGCCAAGAACCGCACGAACAGCAGAGCCCCCGCCACACCUGGCAUGGCCGGCGGUAAGGGCGCUACAGCGCCGUCGCUGUCGGCCCGCACGCAGACGGUGAUGCUGGCAAGUGGGUCACGUAGACCCGGCCGCCUCAUCUCGCUCUGCCUCACCAAGGGACAACAUGGACUCGGCUUCUCCAUCACUACACGCGACAACCCCGCUCGCGGACAUGCACCUAUCUACAUCAAGAGCGUCCUGCCUCAGGGCGCGGCCAUUGAAGAAGGCACUCUGCGUAUCGGUGACAAGCUUGUGUCGGUGAACGGUAAGGAGGUGACAGGUCUCAGCCAGACCGAAGUGGCUAACAUGCUCAGGAAGAUCCCUGUGGGGGGACGCGCUGUGCUGGAAGUGUCCCGUCAGGAACGCGGCGUCGAAACUAACGCUUCUUCCACCGCCCCCGGGGCCGACGUCACUGAGGGACCGAAGGCUGGGGACGUUAAGGAUAGACUGAGGGACGAUCACCCGCCCAGCCCGCAGCUACCGCGGCCCAUCGGCGUUGAGAAGUCCUGGGAGGACAGCCUGAUGUUCCCCUGGAAGCAGCGCGAGCUCAUCACCUUCCACAUCCCCGUGCAUGACUCCGAGCGAGCUGGUCUAGGAGUAAGCGUGAAGGGCAAGACGAGCAGCCAGGGCAGCAACGGUCCCGUAGACCUCGGCAUCUUCGUGAAGAACGUCAUCUGCGGCGGCGCUGCGUCCCGCGACGGCAGGCUCAUGGAGAACGAUCAGCUCAUCAACAUCAACGGACUCUCGCUCCUCGGCAAGCCUAACUCUGAGGCUAUGACCACGCUUAGGAUCGCCAUGCAUCAGGAGGGCCCCAUACCAGGCAUCAUCACCCUGAUGAUCGCUCGCCGCAUCCCCGGCAGUCAGGCCGGCAACCCCAGCGACCAAGCUACCCUCAACAACAGCAUCUACAACAACAAUAAUAACAGCAACAGCCUGCCGCGAUCAGGCCGAGACUCUGCCAACAGCAACGACACCCUCGGGUAUCUCUGUGGGGGAGCGCGUACGGCGCCCACCACACCCACGCCCUACGAGGGAUACUCUACUGACUACACCGCCCCCCGCCUCGCUGCCGCCAGCUCGACGCCUGUAGGCGGUGACCCGCUGAGCUCUGUACUGCACAACCCUGUGUUGCACCGCAUCACUGGCAACACCGCAGCACUGCGCAACGACAGUUACUACCAGGCCACCCACGACACAUGGAACAACAGCGAGCUGGGGGCCGCGAUGCCCUCCCCCGCUGCUGGGGAAGGACGGGAGGCGUGUGUGGAGGGCGGGGCGGCCCCAGCGUCCUCCUCUCUAGGCUCCCCCACCAUCAACCUCCCCCAGCGGGACACGCUCCUCAUCCAGGAUGAGUAUCACCCGUCCCUUGGGAGCACAGCGCUGGACGGUCGCGGGGCGUGUCUGGAUGACACAUAUAAUAGCCAGACGUCACUGGAGGGUGCGGGCGGAGGGUUCUCCCGCGAUCAGUUCGGGCGACAAAGCAUGUCAGAGAAACGACACGCCUCCCUCGACGCUAAGAACACCGACACUUACCAGAGGAACAAGAAACUCAGGGAGGAGCGAGAGAAGCAAAAGCAAUCUACGGAACAGGCACAUAAUCCAGCCGGUGUGGCAGACCUCCCUCCUCGGCCAGAAAGCUCAGUAUUGCCCCGUUCCCCAUCCUCCCCACCUCCUCCCCCACGUCGUUUCUCCCCGCACCAUUCUCUCCCUGGGUACGUCAGAAGGAUCGGAGUGAGUCCCCUUGUCUCCUCUUCAUCCCCGAGCAAGACAACCCUUACUCUCCCUCGGUCCCCUCGCAAGCAAGGUGGCACUCGACCUGCAACGGCUACCGCACCCGGCGGUAAAAAUUCUGAAACCCAAACCGCUUUGACAAAAAUUCCGGUUACCAUCCCAAAAAUGGCUUCAAACGGAACUAAAAUGGGGGUUUCAACGAAAAAUGACACCCCCACUUGUUUUGAAUCAACAACCAUGAGGACGGUCAUCGACAGUUGCGAGCCGAAUGCAUCUUCGGUGAAGAUAAAUCCGGUGAAUAAUUCAGAAGCUGCGGUCCCGGACGCUCGGACGCUCCGUGGUAGCGCCAAGAGCUACGUUCGGCCGACGCCUGCACCCUCCGAGAAAGUCGAGAAAAUUGCCCCUAAGUCAUCCGAUCCGGGGAUCAGCUUCUACAAACGGGGUUCCAGCUGCAAGGGGGAGAAACUGGGUGGGGAGGGUGGGAUUUUGGGGCUGUUAAGGGGAGUUUCCCGGAGCCUCGAACGUCCCCACCACCACACCAACAACAAUACUCGCGCUCUAACGGAAACGCAAGAUGACUGCCUCGCAGCCCCAGAAAGUAAAACUUCCGAAGCUUUUAUCAGGAGCCUAAGUUGCGAAGCUAUCUCAGCCUUGCGUUUCAAUGUAUUUGACGAAUCCAGUCAUCAAAAUAUGAGAAGUCUUCCUCGAAGGCAGAGACUUUCCAGCAUUUUGGAGCACGAAAACACUUCCCCUCAGUUUGUACACAAUGUACACUCAGAAAAGCAACCGAGUCUUUCUGUGACGAAUAACUUGAAGUUGACUUCAACUCCGUUAAGUAACGCGAGAAUUGGUCGCGCCGAAUCUUUAGAGAAAAACAGCGAGCGUCGAGUAAGCUUCAAUCCACUCUUGGAAUUCGGAGAAGAUAUCAAUGGUUACUCUCAAAACUAUGUUCGUAAUGGUCACUCUUAUACCGAUGUCCGCAAUGUUACGGCAAAGUUUCUAUCGCUGCCUCGAAAUAAGGUGAAGUGCAAUGAUAUCCAGGAAAAACCGAUCAGCUUAACACGUAGAAAAGCUUUUGCUAUGCGGGGAUUACCUGGAUCUCCUGGACUUGUCAAUUCACAGAAAAAUAUUAUGCCUUCGUCAUUGAUGAUAUUGGAGUCAAAGGUCAACUCAAUAUUGAAAGAAACCCCACGGUCAUGUGUCGAAAAUUUCACUGACGAGGAAUUUUGCGAAUUUCAUCCGGACGCUAGCGAUCAAUGCUAUGAUUUUUAUCGUCCUAUCACUCCGCCUUUUGAAUUCGAUGAUGCACAGAUUGAGAAUUACUGUGUUGAUGGUUAUAAUAAUAAUAAUAAUCAUAUAACUGACGUUAAUUACAACUCCGUUUAUGCUGAAGAUCCAUCAUUUGAUGAGAAAAAAAUUUUAAUGUUGAGAAAUAAACAUCGAAGCAAAUUUUCAUCCGCAAUCCGCCCUAAAAUUUCGCCGAAAAAGGGGACAGGGAAGACAUCUCAAUGGACUUCUCCGAAACAAGCCGAGGAAAAUGAAAGUUUGCGAAAAAAUUCUCAGUCUGGCUUAGAAAAAAGAAGGCGAUCAUUAGACACCUCACUGAUGCUUCCGCGAGCAAAGUUAUCAAGUCUUAGUUUAGCUAGACGUUCACUUGACUCGAACUUGGAUGACGUUCGUUUGAGCUACAACGACCAAUUUGUUCAUGAUCUGGACAAUGCGCAGAAAAAGCCCGUUGGACAAAUGAAUUACAAAACGCUUCCUUGCAAACUCAAGUGGGCUGAUGAAAUGGAUUACGAUGAAUGCUUUUCUGACGAGCCAACACAUGAGAUUAGUUCGCGGUAUGGCCAAAUAAAUUGUCAAAAUAAUGUAAAAAAUUUUAAUUACCGACUAACGAGUGACUCUAACAUACGAGAGAAAAGGAAUAGCGUAGCCUCAGCCAUUGUUGAUCACUGGCGACUAUUCAACAAUCGAAUGAAAACGAUGAAUAAAAUUCAUCGCCAUUCAACUUCAGAUCUUACAAUGAAACCUACUCGUCGAAGAGCGUCCGUUCCUCACGAAAUGCCGACAGAGGCAGCGCGACACAAAAUAACUUACAAGUACUCCCGCCAUGCACGUAAUUCACGAGGUUCUGGUGACGUCUUUCUGGCCGAGUCUUGUACUUCUUACACGGGGAAAGACCACCACACUGCCCCCGACAUCGGACCUGGUCUUGGAAUGAAAAAAUCCUCGAGUUUGGAGUCUUUGCAGACGAUGGUACAAGAGGUAACGCUGGCAGAGUGUGGGGGCCCAAGUGAUGGAGGUCGCGCGUCGGGUCGCGUACCCCGGGGCCGCGGCUGCAACGAGAGCUUCAGGGCAGCCGUUGACCGCAGCUAUGACGCCCCCCUAGCGCCCCCAGACGCCGCCCCCAUGGACACCCUUGCCGAGGAAGACAUAGAAGGUCAUCCUCGCUCGGGCCAUCACAUUUCAGAUGCCAUCAAGUCACAAAAAAUUCCUCCCCACGCCAAGAAGAACAAAGGCCUCCUCAAAGGCCUGGGCUCAAUGUUUAGGUUCGGCAAACACCGCAAGACUCUCGACUCCAACACAAUGGCUGAGCCCUGCGGUGCUGACCUGGAUACAAACCUCCCUCCAUCCUGGAGUGAAGGUGACGCCACCCCUGACGACGAUGACGCUGGUGACGCUGAGGCUCCUGGCAGAGGUGUUGCUGAUGACACCAACAACUGCAGCAGAGCUGAGCGCAUGCACCAACUGCGCGCUGAGCACCAACUGCGCCACAUACAGCGCAACGGCACAUACCCCACCGACCUCACUGAAGAACUUGACCACACACGCGCUAAUAAGAAGUUCCUCAAUGCGGACGAAGCAAAGAAGCCCUCAAUUGAACUGCCAAUCAACGGAAACGACAAUUCCCAUGAAGUGUCGUCUGUUACCUUAAAAAACAAUUCUUCUCAACUUCUCACUCUUGAAAACUUGCCUCUAAGCCCAAUUUCAGCUCCAAACAUCACAUCAUCUCGAUUUAUUCUUUCGCCUUCUUCCACUUCUGACAUGCGAUCUCCCAUGAGUGCCACAAAUAUCGAAUCUCCUCUGGCCGAGCCUCCAGCCUCGGUGCGGAAAGAAGAUAAUACGCUUGCAAACUUGACGGUCGCUGCUGCUGUCCGGCGAACUGACGCUAUCGUCCAACGUCAGCUUCGUUCAGUCUCGUCGUCUGGCUUCGGGUCGACCAGCCCUACUCGUCGUUCUUUCCACGGUGGAGUCUUGACUAAGUAUCCAUGUCUUGAUGAUCUUGAUCGCUCGCCAGAAUCUUCCUUUUCUCGAGGAAAACGACAUCUUACCAAACUGAUUCAAGUAUCGAAAACCAGUCCUGCCAAAACCUUGAAUCGAAGUUUUACUAUCUGUCUCCCUAGUGACUUAGCUAAAGAGAGCUAUGCAUUUAUUGAGAGGAGCCAAGCGUGUAUAGACGGAUUUCACGAUACCCUGAAAAAUGCAGAUUUCAUUUUCCACGAAGAAAAUGCUACCGGCAUUGACCAAGCGAUGACUAUCUGGUCUUCGAAAAAAGGAAUUGGAGCUCCUGAAGCCCUUCCAGAACAAAUCCGUCCCUGCAACUCGAGUUUAUUCUGCAAAAGUUGUUUCCGCGAUGAGCACGACUCAUCUCGGGUAACCUCCAAACAGAGCCCCGAAACUUCGCAGCACAGAGAUGUUUUCAUUAUCAUGAGCCCUAAAAAAGACGUGAAACUGACUGUAAACUCGCACCACAGUAAUAAUGUGGCUGGUAACUCUGUGCCUGCUAUUUCAGCCAACGCUUACGUCUUUAACGAUGUCAUCUAUUCGCGACCUGUUAAGAAGGCAACUGCCAGCAUGUGCAACAUAGUUAACUCAUUACCAGUGGCUGAGAGGACACCGAAAAACGUAGCAUCUAAUCUUCCUGCUGGACGAAAGGAUGUCAAUGAGGCAUAUGCUAACGUCAAUGAUGCAUAUAUUAACGCUGUAUCACAACAAACAGAACGAGACAGUCGUGGAAACAAUUCUACGCAACUUCUCCCACGCUGUAGUACGACCAACAACCUCUCACAUCUCCCCACCUCCUCAUUGACAAAUUCAAAAAUUAAAAACGACUCGGGACUUUACGAGAGGCCUUCAAGCAUUCUGCUUUCCGCGGGCAACUUGAACGCUCUUUUUGGUGACACAAGCGUGGCACACAAACCACCUCUACCACCUCGCAACAAAAAUUCAUUCACCACUAACCACAGCAGUUCCAGCAGCUGCAACAACUCCGGGCAUGCUGCUGCCAGUGCCUAUAAACAUCCUCCUCCACCUGUUCACCUACGAGAUGGUAACCCUUUCCAUGAAUCAAAAGUGUUCCCCAAAGUUCCGAACUCUCAAUCCUCGGCUGGUGAUACCUCUGAGAAACCUUGCGCUGAUUCUGUCGCCGAGCCUGUCGCCUCGAACUACUUCUACCAUGGUGAUACCGUCAGCGUUAACAAAGUUCAGAAUAUAUCGCGUAAUGACAACGGACUUGCGUCUGUCCAUAAGCCUAUCCAGACUCGAAAUUAUCAAGUGCCUCCUCCUCCUGUUCAUAUUAGAAACGCGCUUGCCGAGAAAAAAUCGCUAUGUGUUAACACUAGAAGUGAGCUGACGACCCAACAAGAAGUUCGUAGCACCUGCCAAGUACUUCCGGAACCUCGUAGCGAAGUUCUAACUAACAGUUCAUCGUCUAAAAAAGAGGUAAAUAGGCCGGCUUCUGUCAUCCACACGUCGGUCUUGCAAGAAGUUGAAAAUUCAAACAAAUCGGAUGAUUUCAAGCCGAAUAAUCGACGACGUUCUUUUUCAUUAUCUGAGACUCUGUCAUCGACUAGAAAGAGGAAAGCGAACAAGAAGAGUGAGAAGAGUGAUCGCAAAGAAUUAAGGUCUGAGAACAAGGAAAAUAUACCUGCCAUUGAAGAAAUCACUCGUGGUCAUUCCGCUAUUCCAAAUUUUGGCGGUAUGAAUGCAAACUUUACAUUCACCUUUGCAAAGACUUUGUCGUGCCUUAACAGCAAUAGCUGCAAAGAUCUUAGCUUCGUAGACCCCGAAGUCAAAGACAAGGCUAUUUCUAACGACCAUACGGCAAACAAAUUGACUCGAAGGGAGCAGGACGACCGAAAAAACGAGGACACUUUCUGUCAGAACCAGGCAAACGAAUCUAUUUUGUCUGAUUCAAAUUACAUGAAUAUCACUAACCUGUGCCCUGAGGCUUCUAGUGAUUUCGUUGACAACAUGAAAAAUGUUACUGGUAAUGAAUUUACUAUCGGUGUUCACACUAAAAAGAAUCGCCCCUUACCGAUCUAUUGCCACGAGGGAGCGAAUAAUCCGAUGCCUGCAAGUGGGCUUCGUGCACCUCACCCGGCAAGUCAAUACACUCCUACCUCAGCUCCGAACUGCCAAACAUACUUCAAUAACGGCCUCUCUCUGAACAAUCACCGCACUUACGAGAACUACGCAUCAAACCUGGCACUACCGAAUCCUGCCGUAUGCUUCAAUACUGCCAAUCAGCCUUUGAGUAGCAGCAGUAGUAACUGCAGCAGUAGCAGUGGUCGCAGUAGCUCCUUGCCCAGGAUGGGAGUAAAAGGCGUCGCAGCCGCCAAACUAGUCAGUCGAAGUAACGCACCGACAGGAAUGAAUUUCUAUCAGGACUACUCAUCGUAUGUACCCUUCACCCGCGACUGCCGAGGACCCUGCCCAGCCCCUCUCAUCCCGCCAAAGCGGCUGAAGCCUGUCCCGGCUCCUCCGGGCGAGGCUCCGUCCAACACUGCGGAAGAGUUCGGCUUGCCAGCGCACCGUCCCGGUAGCCGAGGGGUCAGGGGCUCUACACAGACCCCUGCCGCUGCCAACAGUUUACUCUUCGCGCACUAUGCAAACUACCAACAAAUUCAACAACAUUUGCGCAACGAAGAGCAAGAGCGGCUGAAGCAACUCGCCAGUCAGCAAUACAGAGACUUCAGAGAGAAACAUUACAACAGGAAACAGCGGCCUCACACAACUUACAUCACUGAGUCUUCCCCUCAGUGGCAAUUGCUGCAAAAACUUGAGCAGUCUUUUAUCGAUGAGGCCAUCAUCAACAGCAGGGAGUGUCGUGAGUACCAGAGCCAGAGAGGUCCUCGUGAGGGCCACGGCAGCAUGUCGCGCCCCGUCAGCAACUACUACGAGUAUGAGAGCGUCCAGGCAAUGAUGUCUCACGCAGCCACCUCCUCCGACUCCACGAGACAAACUCCACAGCAGCAGCUGAUGCUGCACUCAAGGGCGGCUCAGCAUCAGGGGGAACUUUCCAGCAACUUGACGUACAAAACCAACGCCUUUUCUCAGGCACAAUCAAAUAAAAACAACAGCGCUUAUAUCCAGCAACAACACAACAGCGCCAACAACACAACAAAUAUCAGUAUCGGGAGCAGUAACAGCUCGAACGCUAGCUCGAAUGGCCCUCCGUACAGACAUCAGCACAGUAACAGUAGCAGCAAUAACAGCAGCGGACGCAACAGAGCUCCGCCCAUGUCACCUUACAAAAACCACGUCAACACCCAGGGCUACUCUAUUCAAAACCCCAGAAAUAUGAAUCCUGGUUAUUCAUCCACAGUUCAAUACUCAAGCAAUUCCAAUAGUAGUAAUAACAAUAAUAAUAGUAAAAAUAUUAAUUCAAUGAGCAUGGGUCCUAACAGCCCUGCGUUCAAUAAUAUGAGCCACGACAAUUCAAUGCCAGGACCCGCUAUGUCGGGACAAAAUUCUCUGCCUCGGCGCUCUCAUAUGCAACCGCAGUAUUCUGACCCUACCCAGGCCACCGACGACGCUCUUCCUUAUCACGCUAACUCAAACUCAAAGCUUCACCAACAACCGAGACAACAGAAACAAGCUCCCCCACCUCCUAACAAACCACAUCAGCAGUAUCGCAUGCAGGCUACUCACCAAGCCAAAAGCAGUCCCAGCAAAAGCAGUCAUCCCCAAAACAUGGGGGCGAUGCACCAUCCUUCUCAUCGCAACCGUCAGCCACCUCCACCCCCACCGGGGCACCCUCUGGCCCCAACUCACCACCGACACCCCCAACAAUAUCAACAAACACAGCACACUUCACAAUCCCAGCACAAUCCACAAUCCCAGCACUCUCAACCCCACUAUCGAGUUGGAAUGAAUCAACAUACGGUGCCAGGAUCUAAAGUUUAGUUUAUUCUAUGCUGGCUUUUGCAAGAAACUCUGGUUCGUCGAUCGCCUCUUGAAUCAUCAAACUUGAGAUAUAAAUUCAUCUCGCAAGCCUUAUACCGACACAAUAAUUAGAUUCAAUCGUAAAGUUUUAUGCCGCCGCCUAUGAUUUUUACAUCUUUUUCGGAAGAAUUCUUUAAAAACUUGCUGGUAAAUUCAAUUUCGUUUACAUGCCAAAGACGGAGUUCCCGGGAUCCGUUCUCAGAGCACAUGUCAAGUCAUUUGACUGAUUUUACUGACCGUAUAUUAUGAUUAUUAUUCGAGAUAAGACAUCGGUUCUGAAGUGCAACUGGCAAAUUCACUUCUUUCUUAUCUUAUAAGAACUUCUUGUUAGAGAAGCUUUUUGUUAUACUGUAAUAUUAGCACUGUCUUUUGAUCUUGCUUCUUCUCUGAACUUUAUUUAUUUCAAUUUUAUCUUAACCAAAACACUUCUGCGCCAAAGUCGAGGUUUUGGCUGUGACAGUUUAUGGCUGUAUUCUUAGCCUCGAUGUUUUCUCUCGUGCUUUUAUGAAUAUAAUUACGACGAUAACUAAUUUUAAUGUAAUAUUAGCAUUACAACUUAAAAACCUAUCUUUCAAACAGCUCCAUUUAUCUCUUAAAACCCGUAAAGUAGUGUCAGUUAUGAGAUAGGCUAAUUUUUUGGUUUAGUUUGUAGCAAUCGACUGCUGAAUCGCGCAAUUUGAAAGCCAACAUUUUGUACUUAAUUCUUUUAGGUGCCAGCUUUGCUGAACUUUAACUGUCGGCAUCGGCACAUUUUUAUUACUUUGAUAAAUAAUUUAGUUAGAGCUGCUAAUUCCAUUUUUAAUUCUAUGUUUUUGUGUGAAGUUUUAAUGUUCCGUUGUUUUAAACUGACUGUUCAGCCAAUGCAUCCAAUAAUUGGUGAUGUGGGCAUUUUAUAACUCUGGCAGACUAUAGUUGACGUAGGUAACAUUCGAAGAGAUGCCUUGGGAUUUUUUAAUCAAGCCAAUAUUGUAUGAAUCGUUAGUAAGGUAACCUUUAUAAUUCCAGGAUUAAAGUUCCGAACGUACCUGCUCAUAUUUUAAGUAAAACUAGUUAUCAAAAUAUCGGUCACUACUUACGAGUUAAUUAAUUACGGUUUAUGUAACUCGCCGAGAGCAUUGGGCUGCUGCGCUAACGUGGGACCAGCUUUGCUCAUUAACUCUAACUCCCCAGCGCCGCUGAUAAACUUAUAAUGCUGUAGUCUUUUUGUGAGGAUAUUUCAGGAGGGUGAGAAGCAUUUUUUUUCUCGGCAUCGCACUUGUGUUCUGCAGCGUAAGAUGCAUUUAGGGGAAGUCUACUCGUGGUCAAAGUAUUUAUUUCGUCACUGAACGUUCUGACGACUAAAUUGAGAAGUAGCGUGUAUACAACUGAUAAUGCAUUAAGUUUCAUCAUUAUUAUUAGUGUACCAAGUAACUUGCAGAUUGACGUCAGCUUAUGCAAUGUCAACGGUAUAUCAGAGCCGGAGGUAGAUGUGGUCUAUGCUAAUUAGAAACGUAAUUAGAGCUUUUACUAUUGUACAUAUGUGGAAAGUUCAAUCGCCAUAUUUUUACAAUUGAUCAUGUAAAAACUCAGCUGAAUUAAUUUAUGAAGAUUAUAAAUGGCUACUUAUUUUCUUUCUCCGGGGUGUUGAACAAUAAACCGAUGAAAGUG